ACUUCUUGCCUCCUCCCACCUUGCGCCUCUGGGAAGCAUUGAGUUGUGUGUUCAACUCCCUUUUACAUCAUGUUGAAGGAGUUGGUAAGGGAGCGACUCAUUGCGGCCGCCGACGAAAUCUUCGGACUGUUUGAAGGAACGAUCGCGUCGUACGAGGAGCAACUUCGUCGAGGGAGAGAGGAGACCGAGCGACACCGACGACAACUGGAAGCCGUUUGCAAAACUCAAAUUGUGAUACGCGUCGAAGACGUCCAGCAGCUGAUUGGUCGUCAGAAAGAACUCCCUCUUCAGCUGCAGUGGGGGAGCUCCGAUUUGAAGCAGGAUGAGAUACGGGACCCCCAUGUUAAAGAGGAAAAGGAGGGUCCACAGCCUCCCCACGUUAAAGAGGAAGAAGCGGUGGCUGAUAUUGGCAUGUUGCCACUGACUGGUGUUUCUGCGGAGAAUGAAAACUACGAAGACAAACAACCCGAGUCGUCACAGCUUCAUCAUCACAGCCCAAGUGGAGACCACUGUGGAGGACCGCCACUAGACGACCUUUUAUCGCACAUAGACAACAUAGGAGAACCUUUGAGGAGCGAUGGAGACUGCGAAGGUGACGACAAGCAGUUGAAAUGCUCUAAAAAGGAGACAACUAUCAGCAGCAAGCAGAGGUGUAAUGUUCAGGUUACUUGCUCAGUUUGUGGUAAAAGGUUUGGUAGAAAAAAUAAGGUUAGACACAUGAGAACACACACAGGAGAAAAACCCUUUUGUUGCUCAACUUGCGGUAAAAGAUUCACUUUAAAGUCACACUUGGUAACCCACAUGAGAACGCACACAGGGGAGAAACCCUUUCAUUGCUCAUUAUGUGUUAAAACAUUCUCUCAAAAGGAUUAUCUGGCAGUACACAUGAGAACACACACAGGAGAAAAACUUUUUAGUUGUUCUGUAUGUGGGAAAAGAUUCAUUGCAAAGCGAAGCAUGGUAGCACACAUGAGAGCACACAUCGGCGAAAGUCCCUUUAGUUGCUCAAUUUGUGGUAAAGGGUUUACCCUUAAGUCCGUUAUGGUUAGACACAUGAGAACACACACAGCAGAAAAACCCUUUUGUUGCUCAACUUGUGGCCAAACAUUCACCCGAAGGUCAACCAUGGUAACACACAUGAGAACACACACGAGAAUAAAACUGUAGUUGCUCAGUCUGUGUCAAACGUGUGGACUCGAGUCAUGUGACUUGGACUGGAGUCAUGAAUUUGAUGACUUCAGACAUGACUCGACAAAGUGUCACAAGAGAUGCAACGCGACUUCGACUUGAACAGCAAUGACUCGUGACUUAACUCGGACUCAAGCCCAUUGACUUGAAAAUACUUGGCACUUUUGCCAAUGUAUUGAGAAACAAACAGCCUGCAAAUCUCUCUCAAUAGUUCAACACGCCAAUGUUUAAUUUAUUACGGGAAUUUCAGAAUGAUGUAACCAUUAAGUUGAUGCCCUCAAUGGAUAUCAAGUGAAAAUGUCUCA